AUGGCCUCCUGGGCCCCGUUGGCAGACGUCUGGAUGUACGACACAAAGAAGUGGGAGGAGCAGGUGCCUUUUAACCCGGAAAAGAAACCUAAGGGACUUGUCGGACCAGCCUGUGUCUUCCUCACGAACAACAAUCAAACCCGGCUGGCAGUCUUUGGUGGAGUGAAUAAAGAUGGUGUCACAAUGCGGGAACUACACUAUUACGACAUCGAAACCAAGCAAUGGUCUUUGGCGGAUCACCAAAACUCUGUCGGACUAUCGGGCGCCUCUGCGGUCUAUCAUGAAGCGACAAACUCGAUCUACUACUUUGGCGGGAUGAUCAACCAGACUAUCCGCAACACCAUCCCCUACCAGUACUCGCUCGAUCAGGAACUGUGGUUUGCACAUGCACCCAGAUUUAAUCCCUUGAGUUCGAGGCCCAUUGGUUGGAAUGGAACGAUGUAUAUACCCACCAGCGGCGAUGGCGUAGACAACAACCUUGAUGACCCUAAGGGCGACGGAUCGUACAAUAGCACGACCAGGGACUUGCAGAAUCCUGCAAUGUAUGAUGCUACUUCUGGAGUCUGGGCGACAGUUGGGCUCGCGGGCAGUGACAUGGUCGUCAUGUACGGUGGCAUGCGGCCUUUUGGACUCGGGACCACAAACGAAACAUCCUGCUUCAUCAGAACAAUGUACCUCUAUGACAUUUCUUGCCAGAAGUGGGCAUCGUACGAUAUAACGGAUGCAUACAACUUUGUUAAGACAAGAGUCAACCAUACGAUGGUGCUGCGGCCUCCAGGAGCUGCAGGCGCAAGCAAGACCUCCUACACUGCGUACAUUUUCGGCGGAUUCGAUGGUUACGAACAUAACGACAUGUUCAACAUUACCAUCAAUAUAUAUCCUCCCGCUGCUGCCGAUGUCAACCGCUGUCGAGCAUUGAAUUGGUGCAACAAAUACGACGACUGUCAGAACUGCAACCCACACUACUGCUCCUACAUCAACGGACUCUGUCUCUUCGACACGGACAAAGCCAAGAAACCUGUAUCCUCAGCAGCGCCCAUUCUUCUUGGAGGGUCCGACGAUGUACCUGCAAACGGCACCUUGCAAGACUUGCUGACUCAACGACCUGACCUCAAAUCCCAAGUCGUCAAAGUCGAAGACUGUCCCUCUCGCAUUGGAGUCAACACAAUGACCCCCUUUCCGGGAAUAAUUGCUGCGGGAAACACCCUGUAUUUCAAGACAUACAUUGAUGAGCCGGAUCGCGACAUUCAGUUUGAAAUCAACACCAACCCGAACGAGGCGCUUAUCUUCCGGUCACUCAAUGUCUGGGAGGGGUUCAUGAAUAUGUACUGGCGAGCCGAUCAUAGCCUCUCAGACGGCACCUGGGACGACUCUCAACAAGCAUCGACCAUUCCUCCCGAUGACCUCCCAGACAACAAGAACCCCCUUGAUUGGGACCGGCCAGUUCUCACUACCUCGGGGAUCAUGAAUGUUACAGAGCUGAUGCACCGCUGGACAAAGUACUCAGGACUCGACGGAUCGCCAUCCCAGUCUGCCCUACAGGGGCUGUCAACUCAAGGGAUUUACUUUUUCGCAGGAGAUCCACGACGAUUUUCGGGAUACCAUGUCUAUUCAAUAACGAACCCGACCGACAUCCCCAUCACCAUGACCUUGACAGUCAACGUUUUAAAUAUUCCCGAAAUCCGGAAUGACGACCAGGACUCACAACUCAAUCUAGCGACCUUGGGUUUCUUUAUGGUUGGGUUCAUCCUCGGCGUCCUCUUGCUCAUUAUUUUGGGCCGUAAGCUCCGAAGAGUGAUCGCUGAGCGGGAUGAGGCACAGUGGGCGGCUGCAGAGCUGAGGAUGCGGGAGGAGGAGGCAGCCGAGGACGAGAGACGAGGAGCACUUGGAUCCGAGACGAAUAUUACCCUAGGUGGUGGCCGAGGCGGAGCAGGUCAGGACGGACUCGAGAAAAGGCCCAUGUACCGAAUUGUUGUGGGCGUCCAGGAGGAAAAAGAGUCUGUUCCGAGUACUCUGAGACAACGUGCUGUCCGCAAGAACGAGUCUUCUCCACUCGAUCGACCAGAUUCCACUGCACACCAAGCAGUUACCUCGCAGACAGGAGUUCCCUCUCAUGGCGGCGACGAUGAGGUCGUUUUUGAUGCCCAGGCAGGGGCCCGCAGGAAAUCAGAUUUCAUACGCGAUCUUGGAUCUUCACCACCCAGCUCAGGCGGCCCUCACCGGUUUCCUGGCAUCCCACCUGCAAUUCGUAGUGAGCCGCUCAUCAGCGAGAUCCAAAGGCGGCACACGAGUAGUGAGAGGGUGCGGACAGAAUUGCUGAAUCAUAACGGCGAUUCCAGUAGCGGCGGUGGCAGUGGAACUUUGUCGGGUUUGGAGCGAGGGCUGUCACUAGGCGGACGAUUGAAGGGUUCAGCGCCGUCGAAGCGGUUUUUGGACCACUCUCGAAUUCGGCCAGAGGAGAAGGAGGUUCUGACGCAGGUAUCUCAUGAGGCUGCGGAGGAUUGCCCUAGAGACGUGUUUUUGGGAAGCGAGUCCGAGCAAUUGCCCUUGUCGAGUCUCCAUCGUCAUGAAUCAACGCAGAAGAGUACGGUGAGCACAGAGUCGGACCUGCCAUUGUCGCUCGUUCCCAAGGGAUUUCUUCCAAGACGCCGAGUCCGGAACCCAAUCAUGGUUCAGCCCAUUUCGGUAGAGCCCCUUCCUUUCCAUGGAGGACUUGUUCCCAACACCCGUCAACAGUACCGACGAUACCGCCGCUCACUCCAACGAAGACAGCAGCGGAAUCAACAGGCACAAGAACAGCAAGCGCAACAACGCCAACAACCAGGGACCCCGGUAUCACGUUCAGGAUCGUCUUCAAGAUCGUCAUUCUCGGUCGCAAGGUCGUUUUCGAGGAGGAACGAAUUACAGUCUAGCCUUUCGACACGGUCUAAGGGUUCUUUGAAGGAGGCUCGCAAGGCUGCUUCCAGGACGGCGCUACGCUCUGCAGGGGGUUCAGCAACUCCAGGAACUGUGAUGGAGAUGUUACCUCUUGGAGGAUUGUCCAACAACAACAACAACUAUCAAGAAAACGCUGACAGCCUUUGGCAAGAUGAAGACGACGAUCGUACGACGUCAAACACAGGCGCCGCGGGCCUAUACAACGAACGCGAGGAUCCUUUCAGGACAAGAGGCCCUCAAGAGUACGAGGCAGGCCCGUUACUAGCCUUAAACGUCUUGAUCGUGUUCCCUGGAGAUGCUGGAACACGGGAAGUUCUCAGAGUGGGAUCUGAGGAAGAGGAGGACAAUGUCGGUAAGAACGUGGGAAGGAGUGUUGAUGAGGACGAAGCAGACAGACGGAGUCAAAAUACCUUGUACAACAAUAUCAUCACGGAGGUGCCCAGCACCGGCACCAGUCAUAGCCCAAGUCCCAGCGGAACCAGUGGACACAAUAGCCAUGCCAGCAGCGACAGCAGGAGCAGCAGUAGUACGGGUGCCAACACAAGUGUCAACGCCAGUCUGAGUAAGGUUAAUGUCGCCAUCAUAGACGAUACGGAACAGCGACUACCACCCAUGGCCAUUGGUACCGUGUUUGUGCCAGAUCCAGCCCGGUGGUGGGCGUACAAGGCCCAGCAACAGGUCGAUCGUCGCCGUAUCCAGCGAGAGCUCCGUCGCAUACUGGCCCGACAGCGGCAACAGCAACAGCAGCAGUAUCAGCAGCAGCAAAAGUUGUACGCGCCAAAGUGA